GGACCGCGGGCCCCGGCCUGGGGGCCACAGCUGCCACCGCCGCCGCCACCUCGUUUCCUCCCUGACCCCUCCCCGUCCCGCGUCUCCUCGCCUCACUCGGGUCCGCGGCCGGGGUCCCUCCCCGCCGCCCCACCCCGCGCGGAUGCCGAAGGUGAAGGCGCUGCAAUGCGCCCUGGCGCUGGAGAUCCGCUCUUCUAAUUUCUUUCAGGUAACUUGUCCAGGAGUGGUGCUGAAAGACAAGGAGGAUAUCUAUCUUAGCAUCUGUGUGUUUGGCCAAUAUAAAAAGACACAAUGUGUCCCAGCCACUUUUCCACUGGUCUUCAAUGCCAGAAUGGUGUUUGAAAAGGUGUUCCCUGAAGCAGUAGACCCUGGAGAUGUGGUUGCUCAGCUUGAAUAUGAUACAGCAUUGUUUGAGUUGAUUCAACUAGUUCCACCAGUGGGUGAAACACUGUCUACAUAUGAUGAAAAUACACGAGAUUUCAUGUUCCCGGGUCCAAACCAAAUUUCUGGACACCAUGAUUCCAACCGCCAGGUUACCAUGAGGAGGAUUUCUGGCCUUCGAGGAAUUGCUCCAAAGCUGGAAUUUUCUACAACCUCAGUGAUUACUGAAUGUCUGAUAAGUUCAAGAAAGUGCCGCACUCAGGAUAAAUAUAUUUACCAUACGGCUCCAGUUGAAAAAUCACACAGCAAACUUCAAAGCAGAACAUCAAGAUCACAGAAGAAAAAAUCCAAGUCACCUGAGAGAAGUAAAUAUUGCGUAAAUGCAAAAAACUACGAACAGCCUACGAUUUCUUCAAAAUCACACUCUCCAUCUCCCUACACAAAAAGACGCAUGUGUGAGCUAUCCGAAGACACCAGGCGGCGGCUGGCCCAUUUAAAUCUGGGACCCUAUGAAUUCAAAAAAGAAACAGAUAAACCUCCAUUUGUGAUUAGACAUGUUGAUCCCCCAAGUCCCAGGGCUGAUGCUUUAUAUGGAUCUUCUGGCAGAGACUGUGAAAGAGAUGGGUGGUCCAGGGUGCACAAUGAUCAUUCUCAUGUUGGCUGCUACCGACCCAAGGAUUAUAAGCAGGUUACCAGGACACCUCAUGGGAGAGACUUCGAUGACUCCUUGGAAAGGUGUGAUGAGUAUUUGAGCUCAAGGUCAUGUAGCAAGCCCCAGCAUUCAGCGAGGACCUUACUAGUACAUUCGGCACCCUCAACAGUACCAAAGCAUUCUCCAAGCCCUGUGUUAAAUCGAGCUUCUCUCAGGGAAAGAUUCCAUUCUGAUUGGUGUUCACCUUCAAACUGCGAUGAGAUCCAUGACCGGGUAAAAAAUGUCUUGAAAUCACAUCAGGCUCAUCAAAGACAUUUAUAUGAUGAGAGAGACCUAGAGAAAGAAGAUGAACUGGAACUAAAAAGAGGUCUUUUAUACAGAGACUCUGCCUAUGACAGUGACCCCGAGUAUAGCUCAUUUCAGCGGCCACGUGGAAGUCACCAUUUGGAUGAUGGCGAAUACUGGUCCAACAGGGCAGCCUCUUAUAAAGGAAAGUCCCACCGACCCGUCUUUGAGAACAGCAUGGACAAGAUAUACAGGAACUUGUACAAAAAGGCCUGUAAUUCUGUUUCUCAUACACAGGAAAGCUUCUGAGACCAUCCACGAUAAACUGUAUGAGUGUUCGUGUCAACUUCUCAAUGAAAACAUUUGAUGUAAUCAAUAUCUGUAUUCCUUUUUUUUUAAACAGGUGGCUCUAAUUGAGUACAGUAGUUAGACUUGAAUAAGCUCAUUGCUUCAAAUGGUAAAUUAUCGUAAGCAGGUCUUUUUCUAGUCACAGAAGAGAGAGCUGUGUUCCAAAGCUCUACACCACCGUCACAGCGUCCAUUCCGAUGGUGAGACGGAUAUUCUGCCACAUACAUCUCAUCUCACCAUCUACAAAUCCGAGAGUAGAUUCUCUCCAGAAAUGUUCUUCUGCCUUAGUCGCCUUAUAAUUUUCUUUUCAUAUACUUCACUGGUUAUCUUGUCUGAGUAAGAAUUAAUGCUAACUCCCUUUUCCUGGUGAUGAGCAAAAAGAUAUACUGUACAGAAAUGUAUAUCCCAAGACUUUGAACUGUGUUUUAACUGGUAUUUUCUGCUUUUCCUCAGUAAAGGCCAUUUGUGUUUCUUAGCGCAUAAAAAAUAGCUUUCUUUUUAAAAUUUAUAUAAUCAUUUACUCCCUCUUCUCAAAAGAACUACUUAAGUUAACUAAAAUGGAUAACAGCUAGAAAUAGCAGUGGCCAUGUAUGACCCCAAAAUGUGAAUAAUUUAUUUUUAAAGAUAGAAUUCUCUGCCCGGUUUUCUUCUAGAGCCAUAUCUUUUGGUGCAAACAGAAUCAGAAAAUAGCCUUUGUUAGUGAGCGUGAAGAGACUCGAAAAGCAUAAGGGAAAUUAUAUUUUAAUUUAACCUUUUCAGACUUUUCAUAGGUAGCAAAUGGCCUGAGAAAGUAGUAUCCUUACUUUAAAAGGACACUUGGGACCAUAAAGAGGAAUAAAAUAUAGUGAAACUCUUUGUAGUAGGCACUAGAAAGUCUGUUGAUUGAUAAAUUAACUCCUUUCCCAUAUACCAAACACACACCUGUUAGGCCAGUGACACUUUGAAGAUAUGAAGAAAUCAGUUACCUCACAUUUACUGGGGUAGAGAGUAGAGAGAAAGCAGAGGAUAGGAAAUAAAUAAACUUAGCUUAAAAGCUUGAAGAGUUGACUACAAGAUGUUUUUUCAUUGACUCCAUUUUUGGUUAAUUCUACAGCUAUAAUUUAAAAAGAAAAAAUCUAUUUGAACUACAUUUAAAUUGAAAUUAACUUGUAAAUAUGGAUGACAUUUUAUUAGGAGAAAAUAUUAUAAUACUUGCAACCUAAUAAUAGGAAUUUUUAACUUCAUGUUGAGAGUUUUAGUGUAGUAAUCUGUGAUACAUCAAAAAAUGCAUCAGAGAUAGGAUCCAGGAAUCCAUCUCUGCCAUUUUCUAGCUGAGUCUCUUUAAUUCUCUGGUCCCUAGUUUCCAUCAGCUAUUAAAGAGAGAGACUGGAGUAGAUCAAGUUUUCCCAAACUGUGAUUUAUGGACUACUGUUCCAGGAGAUGGUUGUAGAAAUGUAAAUACAAGUAUUUCACUGUUCGUAUAAGUUUAGGAAAAUCUGUGCAUUAUAUUCACCCUCCUUUCAACUUACAGAAUUAUCAUGAGUGAAAGAGGGUGCUAUUAAUGUUGAAACAGUUGUAAACUGGGGCCGGCCCAGGAAAACUAGGACAUAUGGUCAUCAUGGUCAUAGUAAACACUAGCACGUUAGAAGCUCUAAGAAAUCCAGGUAUAAACCCGGUUUGCUCUAGCAUCUAGUAGAAUCUGGCACUAGUUGGUGCUCAUUAAAUAUUUAUUUACAUAACCCGGAAUUUCCUAGACAAAAUUGAGCAAGUAUCAGUAUUUAUUGCUAUGGCUAUCUCUCCCCUCGCAUUCUGUCUUCCUCAACUUCCCAUUCUCCCUCUCAGAUGUCAUCCUCAGGUGCACAUGGACACUAGCUGGGGAAAUGCUGGACUACACGAUCACUGAGUUACCUCUGGCUGUAGGUUAUAUACUGUUUUAUACAAUCAGCUUUUGAAGGUCAACGUUAAAUAAUGCUUUAAAAAAAAUUAUCAGUGAAACUUAGGAUCUGGUUUUUGUUUGUGUGUAUGUAUGGAAACAAACGAAAAACUCCAUUUAAAAGUUACUACUUGGUGAAAAGAACAAAUAUGAAUUUCAAGAAAAGGUUUUGCUAUCGUAGAAAACCUCUCGAGUGAAUAAAUACCACAAAGAUUAUUUAUUGUAUUUAUACCUGCCAUUGGUUAUUACAAACGCCACAAAAAAAUGAAUCUCAAAGGGGAACUUCAGAAAGUGACAUUCUGAAAGACAUUGUCUUGUGGAUUAAAUCUGACAUCUCUCUCAAGGAUCAGGUACAUAUUCAGAUAUGUAGCAUCUUUGUUAUGUGUCUGAUUAUUUCCAUUUCCUUGAAUAAGGAAGGGUCUUUGUUGCUCUCCCUAAUUAUUCCUGUGAAUUCUUAUGUUGUAGUAUCUUUAAAGAGUAAGAUCUUUAAGUAUUAAUAGUUGUAUUUUCUCAUUGAUAGAAGCAGAAAGGUAAAAUUGUUUAUUCUCUUAGCCUUUUUUUCUAUAUUUCCCAAAAUCUUAUAAUAGUUAUUGGACUUAUGAAAGAUAAAGAGGCUUUCUUCUUUUUAAAUCAUUUUUUUUCUUUAAAAAAAUGAGGAUUAUAUGAAGGAAAAUGUCAAAUCAACUAAAGAAGACAAUGAAUCAUUAGAUUGAAAGUGAAUUCUUCCUGGUCCCAGUACUGUUUGUAUAACCUUAUUAAGUCAUUUUUCUUGGAGCUCAAUUUUCUUACCUUAAGGUGAUGAAGGGGUUAAUUUAGAAUGACCUUUAAAUGUUGCACCAUUUCUAUAAUUGUAUAAUUGAUUAACACAGACAAUCAGGAAGUUCUGGGAAGCAGAGUUGUGUUGAACAUUUGUGUACAAAUUUUUGUAAGGAUUUAGGUAUUCAAGAAAGUACAUUUUGCUAUGUUUCUAUGGAUCACCUCCACAAAAGUACUAAACAUAAAUAAGUGAGAGAAAUGGGUUUCUGAACUCAAGGAGCUUAUUGACUACUGGUGGAAGGUCAGACAAGUAAACAAUUAUAACAUAAUAGCUAUGGAUUUCCUCAUUUUAAUUCUAUCAUAUUCUGUGUAGGCUCUUGUACACAGAAUGUAUUUCUUUAUCUUUGUAAAGUAACCCAGCACCACAAUCUGGGCAUAUCUUUAUUAUAGCACUUAACAAAAACUGAAUUAUGAAUAACCUGUGUGCUUUUUCCUGUUGGUCUAGGGCCUCGUUUACCUCUGCUUUCGUGGUACACAGUAGAUACACAAUGUUUGUUGAAUAACUGCAUGAAAGAAAAAAUACAUGAAAGGCCACUAAAAACAAUACAAAGCCUAACUCUAUCUGGAUACAAGAAAUAAGAUACCCUGACAAAACUAUUGCUGUCAGCUAGUCUAUUUCUGCCUGUAGCCAGAGACGAAAAUGGAAAAGAGAAAAUCUUAGUUGUACCAUGGUCCUUGAGAAGAAAUAUAUGGUUCCUUAGUUGAGUUAGUGUUUCUGUAGUGAAAUCUAUUUUUUAAAAGAAUACUCUUAAAUUAAGAAAAAAACGUCAUAAUAUGAUGGUCUGCCUUUUUCUUUGUCUGUUAUUUGGCAAACCAACUAAGAUAUACAGCAUUUAGGUGACUAGGGCCAGCUCAUAAACUGCUACUGCAAAGGGUGAUAAGUAUAGGGUUAGGCAAUGGACCAAGAAAGCAAUUGCCUGCAAUUGUUUCCAGCACCUUAUAUUCCAAUGUAGUUUAAAUCCCUUCUAUGAAAUGCAAAUUUCUUGGUUCCCAAGAUGAGCUUCAAAUAUUUUCUUUCCCAAAGUCUUAUCUUUUGUCAUUCACAAAGCAGUGCAUUUUUGACUGCAGGACUGAAUAAUUCUCUAUCUUCUAGCAUUCAGAUGUAACCAGCUGACUAAAUUCAGAAACUAUGACUCUCUUGAUUAAUUAAGAAUUAGGUAUUUAUGUGACUAUUUAAGCAAAACUAUCUCAAUGAAGUGCAGCCUUUUUUUUUUUCUUUUUUUACUAAGAAAUCCUAGUCACAUUCAAGCUGCGACAAUUUACAUUUAUGACCCUGAUGGAAGAUAAUGUAUUCUGCUCUGAUUUGUAUCGUAUAUGAAUGUCUGCAGGUUUUUCGAGGGGAUGUGGUAGUUUUUUUGUUGUUGUUUUCGAACCUCCCAUCUCCACCUUAGUGUCAACUUUAAAACAAGGGAAUUAAAAUAAUAUUUAUUAAGGACCACCAUUAGUACCUGGCGAUGUACAUUCAUCAUCUUUGAUCUUCACAACAACUCUGUGAGUGAGGGUAGGUAUAAGUCAUCCCAGCUUUACAGGUUAAGUAACUAAGGAUCGAACUGCUGUGAUUGGCCAGUGAUAAUAAACACAGCCAGUAAAUGGUAAAGCUUGCAUUUGAAUCUAACCCCAACUCUGCCUCUCAGCUAGGUAAGUACUUGAAAACAGCUUGUUACAGUUCAUAAUUUUUUUUCAAUUAUGGUUGACAUUCAAUAUUAUUUUAUAUUAGUUGCAGGUGUUACAGCAAAAUGGUUAGGCACUUAUAUAAUUUACAAAGUGGCCCCCUCCAUAAGUCUAGUAACCAUCUUGCACCAUACAUAGUUAUUACAAUAUUACUGUAUAAGUUUUUAAAUGGUGGAGCUUGUGUCUCUUCAGUGAGAACCAGUCAGUGGAUUACAAUGCAAAUUGAACUCACAUUAAUACAAUAAAACCUAAGGCAGAUUUCUAACAUCCAAGUGCUAAAAAUGAAUAAAGAGAUCAUCUCAUGAACUAAGGUAGAAGUUGGUGAAAGUGUAUGAAAGUUUCCUGAAGAUUUUAACGGACCUGAGAUUUCAUGGUCACCAGACUUCAUGUCUGGGACUGUUGUAGGUAAAGGACUUGAGGGUGUGCUUUCUGUGGAGCCUCUUACCUGACCAUCUUUGACUGAGUAACCACACAUUCACACAUCACUGCAUUUUCUAAACCUUAUUGAGGUAUAAUUAGUAUACAAAGAACUGCAUGUAUUUAAUAUGUCCAGUUUGAUGAAUUUGGACAUAUGCAAACACCUGUGACACUGGCACCACAAUCAAGGUAAUAGAUACAUUCAACACCUCCCAGAGUUUCCUGGUGUCCCUUUUUUGUUAACUAUGGGCACCAUGCUGUUCAGUUCCCUAGGAUUUAUCUUGAGUUAUUAUUAACAAAUAAUAGGGAUAUUAAUCCCUUACCCCUUUGCAAAUAUGGUUUGCAAAUAUUUUAUCCUUUACCUUAGGUUGAUUUUUAAUUGUUGUUUACUUCUUUAUGAAGAAGGUUUUUAAAUUGGUGUGGUUCCACUUGUCUAAUUUUCCUUUUGUUACCUGUGCUUUGAUGUUAUAACAGAGAAAUUAUCCAAGACCAAUAUCAAGAAACUUUUCCCCUGUGUUUUUUUGGGAGAGUUUUACAGUCUCAGGUCUUACAUUUAAAUCGUUAAUUGACUUUGAGGUGAUUUUUGUGUGUGAUAAGGUAGGGGGAUUCUAUUUCUUUUUUUUACAUUAGAUAUACAGUUUUUCCUACACCGUUUGUUGAAGAAACUAUCCUUUCCCCAUUGUGUGUUCUUAGCACCCUCGUUAAAGAUCAGUUGACUGUGUAUAUGCUUUAUUUCUGGGCUCUCUAUUCUGUUUCAUUGUUAUAUGUCUGUCUUUAUGCUGAUACUGUAGUGUUUUAUUAUCAUGGCUUUGUAAUUUAGUUUGAAAUCCGGAAAUGUAAUGCCUCCAGCUUUGUUGUUCUUUCAUAAGAUCACUUGGGCUAUACUUGGUCUUUUGUGGCUCCGUAUUUUUAUGAUUUUUAAAAUUUUUGUAUGGAAUUUUAUGAUUUUUAAAAAAUUUCUGUAAAAAAUGCCAUUAAGAUUUUGAUAGAAUAGCAAUGAAAUGAUAUAUAUGGUGAUCUGUAGAUCAUUUUGCGUAGCAUGGACAUUUUAACAAGCCACAUGGUAACCACACAUACACAUACAUUAUAUAGAGAGAAGUACACAAAAUAAAAAGAAAAAUGAAAAAAUAUUACUACAAAAAAAUAACAAAACAUAAAAGGGGUCAACAAUAGAAAAACAGGAACUAAAGAACUACAAAACAGAAAACAAAAUGGCAAAAGUAAGCCCUUUUCUAUUAAUAAUUACCUUAAACGUAAAUGGAUUAAACUCAAUCAAAAGACAGUGGCCGAAGUGGUUAUAAAACAAAACCCAACUAUAUGCUAUCUACAAGAGACUCACUUUAUGCUUAAGGACAUACAAACUAAAAUGAAGGAAUGGAGGAACAGUAUUCCUUGCAAAUAGUAAACAAAAGAGAAUAUGUGGCUAUAGUAAUAUCAGAAAUAGUAGACUUUAAGUCAAAAAUUUGCAAGUACCACUACAUUUCUGUUGCAGUAAAAGUUUAAAGAAGUUUACCUUUCUGAGUUUGUGAUGCAGUUCAGAAAUAAGGCAAGAGAAAACCUUUAACGCCUUUGAACAUAUGUAAUAGAAUUGAGAAUAAGUAUCCUGUGAGAGCCUUUCUUUUAUCAGUGAAACAUAUUUCACUGGAGUUUUUGUUUGUGUUUGGUUUUCAGUAAAAUUAAUGAUAUAUGCAAACAAAUUAUUGAAGAAUUUAUGUAUAUAUAGAUUUUCAGAAAGUUCUAUUUCCAAGGGAUUGACAGCAACAUUGCAUAGUAGAAAAAGCACUAUACAACUUUUCCGAACCUCAUUUUUUCCCACCUGUGAAAUAGAAUAUUAAUAAACAUUGUCUUUCAUUCCUCAGAGAAGUAUUAUUAGGAUUAAAUAGGAAAAUAAAUAUGCACAUUCCUUGACAUAUAUUAGGCACUAUUAUAUUUGCUUUUUGGAAAUGAUCUAGGAAAAAUAAUUUGCAAUUUGAAAGAAUACUCCAUGUGCCUUAAUAGUAAUAUUGUUGGUUCUAGAGUUGAACAGACCUCAGAUUUCUUUCUCUGAAUUUGUUACCUCUGUGUUACUUAACAUUCUGAACUUGUUUUCUCACUUGUAAAAUGGAAGAUGUUUUCAUAGUGUUGUGAUCACUUAAAGAGUUAAUGCAUGUGGAGCACUUCAUACAAUGCGUGGUGCUCAAAAAAGGGGAACUAUAAUAACUAAAAUUUAAGUCAAUAUAGAGGUGUAGUAUUCUGAAAGGUCUUGAGGAUCUGAUUGGUGAAAAAAAUGGAAUAUGAGCUAUGUGAGUAAUUUUCUUUUAAAUAUUCAAAUUGUUUUAAGAUAUGAGACUAAGUUAUUGAGAUUUUUUUGUCAUAGAUCUUAAAUUUACUAGUUACUUUAUGUAGGUUGUGCAGAAUUAUGGAAAAAGCCAUGUAUACUCGGGUUUGAAUUCUUUACUGUGGUACUAUCUGGAGAUAUUAAACUUUAAUUUUAUUAUUCAUAAAAUGGGAAUGAUACCUACCUAGGAUUGUUAUAAUAAAAAAGAUAUCUUAGAUAAUUGAUGUAAAAUGACUGGCAUUGUACCUGACAAAUAGCAUAUGCUUAAAAAUGAUUUAGUGGAAUCAUUUUUGUGCAUAAAUACACCUAAGCAUAGACAGCUGCCUUACCAUCAUUAUUUCUAUUUUUUUAAAUCCUGUGCACUUUGCUGGAGGUUUUAUGUAGAUUUUACAAGUGAAACUAAAUGCAUGACUUCAGUCUCUGAAUAUAUUAUCCAUAUGGACUUUACAUGUGACUUCGUUCACUUGUUAAGGUGUUAUUUCUAAAAUAAAUUUGGUUUGUGGGUAUGUCCUAUUAAACCAAUUUUUACCUAGGAA